CAUUGGGUAUAAAAUAUCACCUGGUUAUCAUAGAAACAAACCUAACAGACAAGAAGAAGAGAAGAAGACGAAGAGAAUGGUGAGAGGAACUAGAAUAGUUGAAAUCAGCAAAAGUCUAUCAGAGAUACUCGUCUGUCCUCUCUCUAAACAACCCUUAAGGGUUUGUGAGAAAUCGAAUUCCCUCAUAAGCCAUGCCAUCGGUGUUUCUUUUCCGAUAGUAGACGGGAUCCCUUGCCUAGUGCCACAGGACGGCAAGAUCAUUGAAGCCGAGGACUCGAAUAGUAAUGGUGAUACGGUCGACACAAAAAGCAGAUGGCGAAAAAGAACGCUCCAAUCAGAUCAUUAAGAUCUUACCGUUACGAGUUAACAUUGUAAUUUAUUUUACCGGGUAAGAUUGCAGUAUUCAAAAUGAUAUCAUAUG